GGCUUCCGAGAGGUCACGUGAUUCCCCCGGCUCUUUCCCCUCCAGCUGCGGAGGGGGGGAUGAGCAGCUGGCCGGGAGCCUUCCCAGAGACGGCCGCAGCGGAGCCGGGGAGGAAAGGAGCAGCGAGGUGGGCUGUCGCUUUCAAACCCUGCCUGUGGGAGACCGAUGGCUGAACCGUCCUCUCUUUAAGGGCUUGCCCGGGUCUCUCUGGGCUACAUCCUUGGAACCGCAGCGGAGCCAGUAUGUGGGGCCAGGCCCGGUUUGAGGAGGUCCAAAAGCAGCCGGUAGUGGGACAGUGGAAGCCACUUGCCUCAGUCAUUAGAGAACAGGAGCUGCAGCAUCCAGAGCCUCCUGCCAAGGACUGUGGCAGUGGUGAUGGCAACCAGUCCGUGGCUCAACUCAAUGUCUCCCGCUUGCGCAGUUCCUCUGUGGAGAUCCGUGAGAAGGGGUCAGAGUUCCUGAAAGAGGAGCUUCACAGAGCUCAGAAGGAGCUGAAGCUGAAAGAUGAAGAAUGUGAAAGGCUUUCCAAAGUGAGAGAACAGCUGGAGCAAGAACUGGAAGAGUUAACAGCAAGUUUGUUUGAGGAGGCACAUAAGAUGGUUCGGGAAGCAAAUACCAAACAGGCAGCAUCAGAGAAACAGCUGAGGGAGGCACGAGGGAAAAUUGACAUGCUGCAGGCAGAAGUGACAGCCUUGAAGACUCUGGUGAUAACAUCCACCCCUUCCUCUCCAAAUCGAGAGCUGCAUCCCCAGCUCCAAAGCCCCUCGAAAACAGCCUUCAGGAAAGGGCAUGGGCGCAACAAAAGCACCAGCAGUGCUGUUGUCACACCUACAAACCAGAGCUUACCCUCAGAACCAGUCGGUAGUGAGUUCAAAGAGUCUGGGGUGCCCACUCUCCUCUCCUUGCUUCUUUGUAUCGUCCCUGCGAAGGCUCUCCACAUCACCUAUGAGCCAGACUGGCAGUCCUUGGCAACAGACUCUUCCUUCUCUUCUCCCUCACGGCAGGUGGAUUCCAUCUUGUUUGCAGAAUUCCAGGCUUGGAAGGAAUCUCCAUCUUUGGAUAAAUCAUGUCCGUUUCUUGAGAGGAUAUAUCAGGAAGACGUGGGGCCUUGUCUGGACUUCACCAAACACGAGCUGUCAGGGUUGGUUCAGGCAGCUGUGGAGCAGAAUACACUCACCAUUGAACCAGCGGCUACCCAGGCUCUCCCUGUGGUGAAGGUGUCAGCCAUUGAGUGUGGUGGACCAAAUGGGUUCCGGUCCCAAAUUGUAACGAAGUGUGCUCUGAGUGGCCUCUCUCGGGCAUGCAGACAUCGCAUCAAAUUGGGGGACUCUGGGAAUUAUUACUACAUUUCUCCUUCCUGCAGGGCCAGGAUUACAGCAGUUUGCAACUUCUUCACCUACGUUCGCUAUAUCCAACAGGGACUGGUAAGACAGGAUGCGGAACUGAUGUACUGGGAAAUCAUGCGUCUUAGGAAAGAAAUGUCCCUUGCCAAGCUGGGGUUCUAUUCCAGUGAGAUGUAGCUUGGCACUGCCAAUCAUAAAGGGUAUUGCCAUGCAGACAGACAGACUGCUUGGUAGCAUCUCCAUUAGGAAUGGAAGCUGGCAGAUGCAACCAGAAGACCAAAGGAACACCCAUCUUCCCUGUGAAAUCAUUUGCUGCUUUCUGAGUACACCUUCAAAAUGCAGACUGGUCCAGCAACUCCUACAUCUUUAGCACAAUUACAUAAGCUUACCCAUGGAAUUAUUUUUCUGUGCAUUCUACAGCCAGCUUAUAUCUACUAUUCUUGAACUAUUUGCUUCAGUACUGUAAGAGCCAUACACUGAACUAGGUUCUUGUUGGUCCUGCACGUUGCUUGGAGUUGCAAAUGUGACAAGAAAAAAAUAAGAGAAAGAAAGAAGUUUGAGCUAUAAGGCCCAGCUUGUUGCUCCAGCUGGUUCUAGAGGUAGGGGUGAUCUCCAAAUGGUAGCACCACACAAUGACAUUGCUUGAUAGUCACCUAGUGCGUGUUCUUCCAGUAUUUUGCAGACCUCUGUCUUCUGAGAAGCCUGCAAGAUUCAGGCUGGAGAAGCAAAGUCACAAAGAAUGCUUUUGAUUUUGUUUAUAACUCAGGGUUUGUCUUUUUGGUUGUAUAACUGAUCCCAUACUUGACCCUGUAAAUGCAGGCAUGUACUCUUGGCCAAACUUCUGACUGGAGCCUCAGUCAUGAUGUAAGAAUGAGGAAGCUGCAUAACAAUUGGUGUCCCACAACUCUGGAAAGGUCACAGCCUGAGGCUGUGGAUGUUUUUUUCCACUGACCCAGUGGAGAGACUUGGCUGCCAUGCUGGUUCUCCAUGGAGCAGUUCCCAUUUACUAACAUCAUCAUGUGUUUCACUGAUUCCUUCACUGUACUUUGUUACCAUCUAAACAUCAGCUGGAGAUUCUCUUCUACUAUGUUACUGUGGAAUAUUGUGUAAGACACUUUGCUCAGAUUUCCCAUCAGAUGGCUGUAUUUUGUGCUCUAUUAAUGUUAAAGGUAAAAUGAAUUCAGAUCAUAACAAAUUGAGUUCAUCUUGACUUUCACUCUAGAAUUUUUGGGGAGAUUAUGUGUGUGUGGGCAUCAAUUCUGUUCUUCUUUAAGGAAUGUGAAUGUGAUACUGUUUAAUUUUAAUUUUAUAAACAGGAAAUAGACUUAAUUUUGAAUUUGAAAACCUCAGAGAAGAGGUGGAAGCCUUGUUAAAUGCUAGCGAAGUGGAAAGUCUCUCCUAGUUUUUGAUCAGGAUGCUAAACCACUUGAUUAGAGGGCACGUGAUUUUUAAGGGCAGCAUUGCUGGCAUCCUCUUCUCUCUGCAUCCUGAAGGCCUUCCCCCUUAUCUUCAGAUUCAUCAGGGUUGGUCAAUGGUUUAUUAAUUGGAGAAAAUACUCAGCACACGUUCAAAUGCACUCAUUUUCUCACAUUCCAUGGAUGAUCUCAGACAUUAGGAAUGAAGAUUCAAGGCUAAAUGCUGGCAUUGAUCAUGCCCAAGAAUAUUGCUGCACUGAUCUCCACAACUUUCAAUGAAAUGAAUGUUUGGUUGCCUGGAAUUAAAUCAUCUCAACUGCUAUAAUGUGUAGUUGCAUCAUCUCAGAUUCUGUUGGCCAUAAAGAUUCGGCUGGUAGUAAAGUGCUUUGAAUACAGCACUGCUGCCCCAUCACAUCUGCCUGGUUCCAUGUAACUUCUGGAACUCUCUGUUCUUCUCGCUGGUAGAUUAGCAUUGUAUGAGCUUCAGGAAGAAAUAAUUGUCCAUCUUUAGUACUAUAUUGGGACUGUGUGCAAUGGAGAAGGCUGCUUGGCUUUAUGGACAGAAAUGACUUUUGGGAUACGCUUUCCCUGGUACUGCAGGUAAGUGAAUACUCUGUUUUGGGGUCCCUAAUACACAGUGGUCCUGACAGUUGUACCAGGACUUGCUGUCAUCUUGAUAGUUUCUAGUAGCAUAUGCAUGCUAAGGAUUAUAGUACAAAUUAUGUAUGUAUUCAUUUACAAAAUAAAAGUUCUCCCCAAGGA